AUGGGUACAGAAGAUGGAUAAGAGAGUAGAAUGAAAAAAGUAGUUGCAUAUGUAUAUCUAAAAGAAAACUAUGCGGAUAUAAAAUAGUGUAGAUCAUUCAGUCAAAAAAGAAUUAUACGAUAUGGUUUGCCAGAGGAACCAGUUGAUUAGAAGAGUGAAAAAGUCAAUUCAAAAAAAAUAAACAUUGGUGCAAGUAAAAUUAAAAUUCCAGUACAUCAUAAUUGGAAAAGCAACGUAGAGGACAUAAAAAUAGAUUAGCAGUAUGAAAAUUAAUUGGAUAAACAUUUUAAAACAAAGGAAUAAUAAUUUGAUUAUUAAGAUAAAAUAGAAUACAUGAAUUAAUAUCUAUAAGAACUAAAUGAUAUGCAUCGAACUUAAAAUAAGACUGAGGCAAUUAAAAGUAUUAGAGCUUUGCAUAAGAAAAAUAGAGACGACCUAAAAUCAUAUGUUAAAUAUAAAGGAUAAAGAUUUUUUGAAAUUCUACCUCUUUUAAAAAAGAGAAAUUCAACUAUGAUUGAACAAUUAAAAUGUUUUCAACCUAUCUGCAAUUUAGAAUUAAAACAAAAAGAGAAGUAUUCAGAUGAAUUAUUCAAGCAUCUGAAUAAAAAGCAUGAUAAUAAGUAAGAGUAAGACUAGAAACAAUCUAAUAACAUUUGUAUUGAUUAUCAAGACAUUCCUAAACUAUCACCAUCCUUAAGAAGAACCUUCAGUUAAUAAGAGGUUUUAAUUUCAGAGGCUUCAAAUUUCAACAAAAAUAAUUACUUGUUCGAGAUUAAAAAUGCUAAUGAGCAUGAUGAACAAGUAAAAGCAUACACAAUAAGCAACGAAGAAGCUAAAGAUUAAUCUAACUUCCAAUAGGAUCUUAAAAUGUACGUUUCUAAACAUCUAAAUACAAGUGGUUCAGCUGAAAUCUCAGCGAUGAACAUUUCUUAAAUGUAAUAGGUAAUAUUUGAUGAAAUAUAAGAGUUUUAUGAAUAAGAGGUAAUAGGAAUUAAAAAGGAUGAAUAAAAAGACGUAAUUCAAUACUUUUAGAACACACACUGA